AUGAAAAAUUAGUGUCGUAUGGUAGUUUUUGCGUAAGAUUGUAGCAAAAUCAGUUAGAUAAUUCGACGAAAAUACACAUGAUAGCAGUUAGCUGGUCUAUAAUGGCUAUAUAUACCGGAGUUUCAGCUCGCUUUGCAGUGAAGAGUCAGAGAGCCAAACAAUCAAGUGACAAGUGUUCAAACCAAAACUUACUAACUCGUCGUUCAAAGAGCUAUCAACAUGGUCAAGUCAAACAUAAAAUGCGAUGAUUCMGUCCAGCCUACAUUUUUCAAAAUGACCAAAGGGAAAAAGGAAYACAGGUACAUCAUCUUCAAAAUUGAGAACAACCAAGUUGUCGUCGAUAAAACUGGAGAUCGUGACAAAACUUUCCAAGACAUGAUAAACGAUCUUCCAACGAUGAAUGCUGCUCGAUAUGUCGUCUUCGACCUAACUUAUCGCACCAAAAGUGAGAAUCAGCUUCGAGAGAAGAUCGUCUUUCUGAGUUACUGUCCAACCAGUGCUGAAACAAGAGACAAAAUGCUCCAUGGAAGCACAUAUCUCGAGCUGAAGAACAAGCUUGGAAGUUCUUUUAUUCGCUUGUCGAAGCAAUACGAUGAUCUUGUUGACAUAGAUGAAGAAGAUAUCAAGGAUGACAUGGCCACCAAAGGGUAGACAUUCUGUAUAAAUGUGAGCGUGCACAUGAGCUUGCAAUAUGAACACUUUCUUGCACUUACGCUUACUGUAGAAAGAACAUUUGAAGAGUAAUUUAAGUAGUUUGCAUAUUAUCAUGAUCAAAAUAUAGCUGAAUAUUGUGAUCCAUCGCCUAUCGCUUUUGUUGUAUUGUAUUGUAUUGUUUACAAUACUUUAUGAUAAUGUGUAUGUUACAUUCAGGGUUUUUCCCUUUUUCCAUCGGAUUUAUAUCAUGGCACAAUUCAGAAAACUUUUUAUAAUUAAUUAAUGUUGUGUUAUUAAACAUGGUUUUUUCACCGAAUGACAAAGGAAAAAAUUCACUAGAAAUUUCACAAAUGUAGCUAGUAUUUAAUAGUAACUUGUA